CAAAUAAAAAAUAUUCGGCAAAAAUUUUCAGAAAUAUUCGCUCGCAGACUUGAGGGUGUAUCCCGAAUAAAAUUUUGUCUUAAAACCUAUACAAAAUGGGUCUCCUAACUAAUCCAUCUUUAAAUCAAAGAAGCAAAUUUGGUCGUACUUUAAUCAAACACAACCGAAAAUUAUGUUUUGUUCUUUACAUCGCCGGAUUGGUGUGGUUUGUCUGCUUGGGUCAUCCAGAUUUUAAUCAUUCAACUUAUUUAUCAGAAAAUGCUUUAUCACCUGGUUUAGUUUAUUCCGAACUGAAACCCGAUUCCGGUCGAUUGGCACAGACUUAUUUGGAAGAAUUGAAAAAAGAACGAGAAGAUCAUCGAGCUAAUAUGCCUUAUGCCUGGAUUCAAGCUAAAAUGAAACAAAUCGGUUUGGAAACUCAUGUUCAUAAUUUCACAUUGAAUUAUCCUUUUGGUGGAGGAAAAGUCUUUCAGGGGAAGAAUGUUUAUGGAAUACUCCGAGCACCUAGAAUCGGUUCAACUGAAGGAAUUGUCUUUUCAGCUCCAUAUCGACCACCAAAUUCGGUUCAUGCUGAUAUAACCGCAAGUGUUCCAUUACUUUUGGCCUUUGCAGAUUUUGCACGCAGAAAGAACUAUUGGGCCAAGGAUUUGAUAUUCCUUGUAACUGAACAAGAGCAAUUGGGUGUUCACGCGUGGUUGGAAGCUUACUACGGUGGAGGUAUGGGUGACAAAUCAGUACUAAACAGUGGCAACUUGCCUGCCAGAGCUGGAGCUCUACAAGCAGCAUUGAAUUUAGAAAUUCAAGAUUUUGAUGCUGAGUACAUCGACGUCAAGAUUGAAGGUCUGAAUGGACAACUACCAAAUCUGGAUAUGUUCAAUUUAGUUCAACGCUUGGCCGUUCGCGAGGGUAUAUCAUCGGGUUACAAACAGAUUCCAAGAAAGAAGCGCAAAGCAUCCCAGACUACUGUCAAAGAAAAUCUUAAAAACAUUCUCGCUAUGAUUGCUAGUCAGGCAAAUGGUGUCCCAACUGGAAAUCAUGGACUCUUUCAUCGACAUCGCAUUGAAUCACUUACUCUAGAGGCUGUAAAAGGAACUUCCUCAACUAACUCGAACAGCAGGAACAUAGCUGCUGCUGUAAUUCUCUUGAAAACCGUCGAAGGAAUUUCUAGAAGUUUAAAUAAUCUUCUCGAGCGAUUCCAUCAAAGUUACUUCUUUUACAUUCUAGUCCAAAAUGACAGAUUCAUAUCGAUUGGUGACUUUAUGCCAUGUCUAGCUCUAAUGGCUGGUCCAUUAUACAUCAAAGCCUUCCUGCUUUGGCUGAAUUUGAAUAGCGUUGACGAAGAAGAUUCCGAUUCUGAGAAAAAGACAAAGGCAAAAGAGCAAGAAAAAGAACUACCAUACAUAAAAGUCUUGAUUUUCAUGGGAAUGAUAGCACUUCUUGGAACUAUAGCCAAUCUUCUGCCACUAAAUAAAUUUCUAGGCAAUUUCUUUGCCGAAAAUGAUAUAACCACACCGAUUGGUGUGACAUUCUUCCUUUCGUUUAUCACAGUUCUUGGACUCUUUAUGCCAUUCUUCAUUCACUUGGAUCCUGCUGGUUUGGAAUUACUCCAUGUUGGAUCACUUUUAGCUUUAGGAUCGGCAUUGCUUGUUAUUGGCUUGCUUAAUUUUGCUCUAGGAUUUUUCAUAGCUGUGGCAAGUUGUCCUUUAGCCAUUCUCAUCAAUACGAAACAUGGAAAUUCUUUUAAAUUCUUCACAACAAUUUAUACAUUCCUACUGAAUCCUUUGGUUGUUAUUUAUUUGCAAGUUUUAAUUCUGACAAUGUCGACAUUCAACGAACUUUCGUUGGGUAGUGUGUGUCUUAAAGCUUUUAAUGCAUCAAUGGACGCCAUAACUUAUGGACUAGUUGAUUCUAUUAUUUACGGAAAUUGGCUGUUUACAACAUUGACCAGUGUUUGUUUUCCUAUUUGGGUGCUGUUUUGGUCUCUUAACUUAAUUUCCGAUGAUGUCAGUCAUUCCAAGUCUAAGAAACUUAAAAUGAAGUGAUGUAUUUUGUAUUCACAUUCGUUAUUUUAUUUUUGUAAUUAUUU